CAAAAAUUGCAAUUUGUGGGUGUGGCAAAAAGGCAGAGUCAUUGACAGCGACAUGGCCGCGGCGACACGAACUCCAUCCCAUCGUGCAGCACAGUCGAAGGUGCACUCCCGACGCUUAAGAAGGCAGUCGCUGGAGUGUAGCUUGUUGGUACUGCUAAGUGCCUCUUGUGUUCAUGUGGCGCGAACCACAACCGAUGUCAAGCCAGUGUGGAAGAAUGCAUGUCAACGGUUGUGAGGAAUUCGGCAAGGCGUGCGACAGGGGCUAUUUUAAACGGUCCGAUUUUGUCGAAUGACUUGGGUUUUGUAUAAGAAAUACAUUAAAUAAAAAAAAAUACAGGCAAGGGAUUCGCACUUUCAGAUUGGCCUCACAUGCCUGAGCUCCACCUCCGCGCCGUGAGCGGCCGGAACUUGUACGAUGCCCAACUCUUUGGGAAACAAGACCCUUUCUGCAAGAUCCAGGUAGGCAACCAAGUACAGAAGACCAAGGUCCACGACAACGGCGGUCGUUUCCCGGUCUGGAACGAAAAGUUCAUCUUCCGCGUGAACGACCCGCAACUCGAUCAAAUCGUCAUUACGAUCGAAGACAAGAAUGUGUUGGACAAUGCAUACAUUGGGCAAUGCCGCGUCCCCGUCAAUUCUUUCCUCCACGGACAAGUAGUCGACCAGUGGUACCCUGUCACUCGCGGGAAGGACCAUCGAGGGGAAAUAAACCUGCGCGUUCAAUUGACGGGGCUGCCAGGACAGCCCCAUGCUGGCAUUGCACCUCCCGGGGGCUAUCAAGCUCCCGCCCCAGCAUAUCCCGCACAGCCAGGGUACCCUGUCCCUCCUCAAGGUUACGGCCCACCUCAACCGCAACAAGGUUACAUUGCCCCUACGGGUUACACUGCUCCAGCGCAGCCAGGCUACGCUGCCCCUCAACCAGGGUACACUGCGCCUCCACCUGCAUACCCCAGCGCUCCUUCUGCACCUGUUCCGCCACCUACGUACCCCGCUGCUCCCACCAACCCAUCACAACAAUCGGUGCAAAUACAACAGCAGCAAGCUCAACUGCAGCAACAGCAGCAGCAAUUGAACCAGCAACAGCAGCAAAUGCAGCAGCAAGCCAUCCAGCAGCAACAGGCUGAACUCCAAAAGCAGCAAGCCGAGUUGCAACAGCAGCGGGCGCAACUGGCGCAGCAGCAAGCCAACCUGGCUGCGGCGGCCCAAAGACCCCCACAGUAUGCUCCCCCGCCUCAACCGGUCUACGCUCAGCCCCCACCACCAGUGUAUGCCCAGCCCCCGCCGCCAGUGUAUGCUCAGCCUCCACCGGUCUACGCCCAGCCCCAGCGAGUGUAUGCUCCGCCUGCCCCUGUGUAUGUGCAGCAACCACCUGCCGUUUACGUGCCUCCUCCGCAGGUUGUCGUCGGUCCUCCCGUCGUCGUUGGAGCCCCCAUGUACGGUCACCACCACCAUGGUUACGGCUAUAGCGACGAUGGUGGUGGAGUCGGUCUUGGGUUGGGGCUCGGUGUCGCCGGGGGCGUUUUACUUGGUGCCGCGUUGUCCGAUGAUGGUCAUGGAUUUUUUGGCGGCGAUGAUGGCGGGUUUUUUGGCGACUAG